AUGCCAUUUUGUCCUUUGUUUCAGGGCGAUGAUGGUGUAGUCGGCUGUUAUUACCAUGCACUUUCGGGUAUCGUUCGUGUUCGAGCAGCCUACAACACUGAGGAUGGACGAUCCACUGUCUUUUACAACGGGCCCGACGAAAAUCUGAUCAUCGAUGAAGGCGAGAAUCUCGGUGGGAAAUACAAUGAUUUGGACAAUACUCUCCAAUGCCGUUUCCGACGUCGAGUGAAACCUCUGGAUAUGGUUCAUCAGUUGAUGGAUCUGACUGUCCCGAAUUCAUACUACUUGAUUGUGACACGCGGAAACGAUGUGUUGAGUAGCGGUUUCGAUCGCCCAUUCGCUGGCGGUGAAUCUAUGUCUGAGCAAAGCGUUGUCCUGACCUCGCCAGUGUACGGCAGUAUGACUGGGAUGAGCGGACACGGCUCACCACUAAUGAAGACCCACGGUUGCCUCAUGGUGUUAGCCUGGGUUCUCUGUGCCAGUGUGGGUGUGAUUUUGGCUCGUUACUAUAAGGAUAUGUGGCCCAAUUCCGGUCUGCUCGGUCAACAUGUGUGGUUCCAAGCGCAUCGUAUUCUUCAAGCGUGUUGCGUAAUCCUGACCUGCAUUGCUAUCAUCCUAGCGUUUAUCUAUUGCGAGGGAUAUUCAAAAGCGUCCGUCAGUCCGUACUACGUUCACCCCAUCCUUGGUUUGAUUGUGCUCGUCCUGGCUCUGCUCAAUCCCAUUAUCUCAUUCUGUCGUUGCGAUGUGAAUAAUCCCAAUCGACCAUGGUUCAAUUGGAUUCAUUUCUUUAUCGGCACCUUUGCACACGUUCUGUCCGUGCCCACCUUGAUGCUGGGCUUCCGGAUGCCUGCUGCCGGAUAUCAGCUCCAGUAUUUGAACUAUCCACUUUGGAUUCUCAUCUUCUUUGUGAUUUUCCAGUUCUCCGUUGAACUGAUUCUCGAGCUGCACGGAUGUCUCUACUAUCGCCGCAAUAAAAAUAAACGACGUGAUUUUGAAUACCAACUGCAACAGUACCAUGCCGCAGUACGUCUUGGAGGAGGACCGAAGUCCAGACCACCGGAACCGGAACCAUCGAUGAUCGUACCACACUAUCAGUUUCGUACUCCGUCCCAAUUCCGCGCUUUUCUGAUGCGUUCUUUGAUGUUAACAUUUUUGCACAUUAUCGGUUCAUGA